AUGGAAAGACCCAUGCCUCUGUUUCCGAUUCUAACCGCCUCGUUUCUCUUCCUCUUAUGCGUUGCUCCGCCGUUCACCAUCGCCGCUACAGAUGACGAUUUGCCGACGGCGUACUCUCUCCUCCAGAGCUUCAAUUUUCCCGUCGGAAUCCUUCCAAAAGGAGUGGUAUCAUAUGAUCUGGAUGAAUCCACAGGGAAAUUCCACGCGAAUUUCAACAAGUCGUGUAGUUUCGCUCUUCAAGGUUCGUACCAAUUGGAUUACAAAUCGACAAUCUCCGGCUACAUAUCGGAGAACAAGCUCACGAAGCUUACCGGCGUGAAGGUGAAGGUUCUCUUCUUGUGGCUCAACAUCGUGGAGGUCAUCAGGAAAGGAGACGAACUCGAAUUCUCUGUCGGGAUCACAUCUGCCAACUUCGCGAUCGAUGAGUUUUACGAGUCGCCGCAGUGUGGAUGCGGGUUUGAUUGCAAUGGAUUGAAAUUGAAAAGGGAGAAAUCGGGAAGAAACCCUUUUGUUUCUUCUGUCUGA